UGGCUUUCAGGUUUAAAAAUGUCUGACCAGAAAAAUAUUGUACACAGAGCCCAUUGUAUUGAAAAGCUACUUUCUAAGAACAAUUUCCAAGAUGUUGAAGAACAUCUUAAAGAGCUUGAAGAUGUUGAUAUGACUAUAGAAUAUCUUCAGGGUACUGAAGUUGCCAAGGCUGUAUACCGAGUACUCAAGAGCUGCCCUUCAGUAGGGUUGAAAAAGAAAGCAAAACAGUUAUUAUCAAGGUGGAAAGCACUUUACAAGAAUAACUGUGCUCAGUCAAUGCAAGUUAAAAAGUCAGUUUCUGGGUAUGUAAAAGAGGAAAUUGAACAUCUCAAUGUGGUUCCUAAAGAGCAGUCGCUGUCUGAAGGACCAUGUCAGCACGGGGCAUUAGGUGCUACUAGUUCUGAAGUUUUGAUCCCAUCACAAGCUGUUAAAAAUGUGUUGCAUACCGAUGCAGAAGGCAGCGUGAAUCAGCUUGCUUCACCUGAGGAGCGACUCACUGAUAAUGAAGAUGCGAAACCUCUUGCUAACGAAGCAAGUCUGCAGCAGGAUCCAGUGAGAGUUCUGAGGUGUAAAUGUACGGACCUUCUUUAUAAAGCUUUGGCUGGUUCUGACAAAGACAAAGAAGAAACUGAUAAAUGGCUAGAGCUAUCUAAAGAAAUUGAAGAACAUAUUUUUGCUCUUCAUGCUAAAAAUGACAAAAAGUAUAAAAAUUGCAUCAGAAGCAAAAUCUCUAACCUGAAGAACCCUAAAAGUUGCCACUUAAAACAUAACCUUUUUUCAGGGACUUUGAGUCCAAAGGCUUUUGCUGAGAUGACAGUGAUGGAAAUGGCCAGCAAUGAACUGAAAGAGCUCAGGGCUCUGUACACAAAAUCAUCUGUUCAGGAGCAUCAGCUUCCACAAGUUAUUAAUGGCACACAGACAAACAAAAUAAAGUGUAGGCGCUGUGAAAAAUUUGACUGCACUGUCACUAUGAUCGCCAGAGGAACUCUCUUUCUUCCAGGCUGGGUGCGAAACACAAAUCCAGAUGAACAGAUGUUGACUUAUGUUAUUUGUAAUGAAUGUGGAGAACAAUGGUACCACAGCAGAUGGAUUUGUUUGUAAUGCUACCCCUCUUUAAUAAGGGGCUUAGAAACAUAGAUAUGAGAAGGUAUCUCUGCUGAAACUGUGCAAUUUAAAAUUUUUAAUUGAUAUUAUGUAGAUGCUGUCACUAAAAAGUGCAAAAUCAGUUUUUAAAAAUUGCUGAGUUAUUUUUGAAGAUGACUUGAAUAAAUCUAUGUGGUUUUAAGAAAUGUCAGUAUGUAAAGAAGUAAAAGUAAGAAGAGGAAAAAUGGUAACACU